AUGGCUGGAUUCUCCACUCUUGGGCUUCUCUCCCUGUGUCAGCUCAUAGCCACAGCAUCGGCUCAGUCCCUUCAGAGAAUAGGACCACAAGGCCCUCCUGGACCACGAGGACCCCCUGGACCAUCUGGCAAGGACGGCAUUGAUGGAGAGCCAGGCCCUCCUGGUUUGCCAGGCCCACCAGGUUUAACAGGAACUGAUGGUCCACCUGGCCCAAAUGGGCCUCCAGGAGACCGUGGUGCACUAGGACCUGCUGGGCCACCUGGACCAGCUGGACCUCCAGGACCCAGUGGCCUUCCUGGUGGAAAUGGAUUUCGGGGUCCUUCUGGACCUUUUGGUCUCCCAGGAUUCCCAGGGCCUCCUGGACCACCUGGACUUCCUGGUCUGCCAGGCACCCUUCCCGAUGGGGGUGGAGACCUUCAGGGACACACUGGUCACAAAGGGGAACCUGGUGAAAUAGGAAAACAAGGAGAGAAGGGUAACCCUGGCCCUCCUGGUCCUCCAGGUGUUCCUGGUGGUGUUGGCCUGCAGGGCCCAAGAGGACUAAGAGGCCUCCCUGGUCCAAUGGGUCCAGCUGGUGACAGAGGACCCCAAGGAAGCAAAGGACCUCAGGGAUUCCGGGGACCCAAAGGAGAUACUGGUAAAGCUGGUCCAAAAGGAAACCCAGGGGCUCGUGGACUCAUAGGAGAACCUGGCAUGCCUGGCAAGGAUGGGAGGGAUGGAGCUCCUGGACUCGAUGGUGAGAAGGGACUGCCUGGAAAAGCAGGUAUCAAAGGAUCAAAGGGUGAACCAGGCCCACUUGGUCUCCAAGGCCCCACAGGAGCCCCUGGUGUGCGAGGUUUCCAGGGUCCCAAAGGUGCCAGUGGUGAACCUGGACUUCCUGGUCCGACUGGAAUCCGUGGAGAGUCAGGUGACAGGGGUCCUACUGGUGUUCCUGGUCCCAAAGGUAACCAGGGCAUUGCUGGAGCAGAUGGCCUGCCAGGUGACAAAGGAGAGCUGGGUCCCUUUGGUCCCCCUGGCCAAAAAGGAGAGCCAGGAAGAAGAGGAGAACUUGGUCCAAAAGGCGUCCAAGGACCUAAUGGGACAGCUGGAGUACCAGGGAUCCCAGGACAUCCAGGACCCAUGGGCCAUCAAGGGGAGCAGGGUGUUCCUGGCAUCACAGGAAAGCCUGGGCCUCCUGGCAAAGAGGCCAGUGAACAGCAUAUCAGAGAACUCUGUGGGGAAAUGAUAAAUGAACAAAUUGCACAGUUAGCUGCUAAUCUGAGGAAGCCUUUGUCUCCUGGAAUGACGGGUCGGCCUGGCCCAGCUGGGCCCCCAGGUCCUCCUGGAGUUGUGGGAAGUGUUGGGCAUCCUGGUCCUCGUGGUCCUCCUGGAUACAGAGGGCCAACAGGAGAGCUUGGUGAUCCUGGUCCCAGAGGUGACACUGGCGAAAAGGGAGAUAAAGGACCUGUUGGUCAAGGUAUCGAUGGACCUGAUGGCGAUCAAGGACUUCAGGGAGCACCUGGUGUGCCUGGAAUCACUAAAAACGGCCGUGAUGGUGCUCAGGGUGAACCUGGUCUGCCAGGGGAUCCUGGUACUCCUGGUGCUAUUGGGGCUCAGGGAACUCCAGGAAUCUGUGACACGUCAGCUUGCAUGGGAGCUGUGGCAGCAUCAACUUCCAAAAAAUCAUAAACCAACAGUACAUGGGAAACGAAUUAUAGUUAAAAUAUCAUCUAUAAUUAUAACAUUAUAAUGUGAUGAAACAGACAGAAUCCUCCUAGUGCUAAAUGGACAAAUGCUCCUU